CGCAAACGCGACACGCCAGCCUUGCGCCAGCGCGCCGCCAGUGCGCAGGCGUCGCCACUCUGCUGCUCUUCCUCGUCCCUGUGCCUCCAUCAGGCUGUCGGGUCCUAUGUCGCGCCGGGCCCUCCGGAGGCUGAGGGGGGAACAGCGCGGCCAGGAACCCCUAGGGCCCGACGCCUUGCAGUUUGACCUCCUCGAUGACGAUGACGCAGAGGAAGAAGGACCAAAACAGGGGCUGGGUGGCCGGUGCCCCGGAGGCGCAGGGAAGGAAGGAGUCCGUGUCAACAACCGGUUCGAGCUGAUAAACAUCGCAGAUGUUGAGGAUGACCUUGCAGUAAACGGAGAGAGGUCUGACUGCACCCUGCCAGAGUCUGUGUCAUCGGGGAACAAAGGAAGAGCUCAGCGUGGAAACCCAGAGACCAAGCAAGAUGGGGACGUGGCCAAGGCAGGGUUCCAGGAACAGUCUAAUGCAAGUGGCAAACUCCGAAAGAAGAAAAAGAAGCAGAAAAACAAGAAAAGCUGCACAGGAGAACCCUCGGAAAACGGGCUCGAAGAUAUUGAUCGCAUCUUAGAAAGGAUUGAAGACAGCAGUGGCUCCAGCCACCCAGGCCCCCCCCCACUGAGCUCCAGGAAGCACGUCCUGUACGUGGAGCACAGACACUUGAAUCCAGAUACAGAACUGAAAAGGUACUUUGGUGCUCGAGCCGUCCUGGGAGAACAAAGGCCUCGACAGAGACAGCGUGUGUAUCCCAAGUGUGCAUGGCUGACAACCCCUAAGACCACUUGGCCCCGAUACAGCAAACCAGGUCUAUCAAUGCGGCUGCUGGAAUCCAAGAAAGGCCUUUCUUUCUUUGCCUUUGAGCACAGUGAGGAGUACCAGCAGGCUCAGCACAAGUUCCUGGUGGCUGUGGAGUCCAUGGAGCCCAAUAACAUUGUGGUUCUGCUCCAGUCCAACCCCUAUCAUGUAGACUCCCUUCUGCAGCUCAGCGACGCCUGCCGAUUCCAGGAGGAUCAAGAAAUGGCCCGAGACCUCAUAGAGAGAGCACUUUACAGCAUGGAGUGUGCGUUCCACCCCUUGUUCAGCCUCACCAGUGGGACUUGCAGGCUGGAUUACCGCAGACCUGAGAACAGGAGCUUCUACCUGGCCCUCUACAAGCAGAUGAGUUUCCUGGAGAAGCGAGGAUGCCCACGUACUGCGCUGGAGUACUGCAAGCUCAUCCUGAGCCUGGAGCCGGAUGAGGACCCGCUGUGCAUGCUGCUGCUUAUCGACCACCUGGCCUUACGGGCCCGGAGCUACGAGUACCUGACCCGCCUCUUCCAGGAGUGGGAGGCUCAUCGGAACCUGUCCCAGCUCCCUAAUUUUGCCUUCUCAGUUCCAUUGGCGUAUUUCCUUCUGAGUCAGCAAGCAGACUUGCCCGAGCACGAGCUCACCUCUGCCAGGCAGCAGGCUUCCCUCCUGAUACAGCAGGCGCUCACCAUGUUCCCUGGAGUUCUUAUGCCGUUGCUGGAGUGCUGCAGUGUGCGGCCUGAUGCAGCAGUCUCAAACCACCGCUUCUUUGGGCCAGACGCUGAGAUAAGCCAGCCCCCUGCCCUGAGCCAGCUGAUCAGUCUGUACCUGGGGAGGUCACACUUUCUUUGGAAAGAACCUGCCACUAUGAGCUGGCUGGAGGAAAAUGUUCGUGCAGUUCUGCAAGCAGUGGACGCUGGGGACCCUGCUGUGGAGGCCUGUGAGAAUAGGCGGAAAGUGUUGUACCAGCGUGCACCCAGAAACAUCCACCGCCAUGUGAUACUCUCUGAGAUCAAGGAGGCUGUCGCGGCCCUUCCCUCGGAUGUGACCACACAGUCUGUGAUGGGUUUUGACCCUCUGCCCCCGCUGGACACCAUCUACUCAUACGUCAGACCAGAAAGGCUGAGUCCAGUGAGCCACGGAAACACAAUUGCCCUCUUCUUCCGGUCAUUACUGCCAAACUACACCACAGAGGGGGAGAGGCUGCAGGAAGGAGUGGCCAGGGCUCCGAACCACAAUCAAGGCUUGAACAGGCUGAUGUUGGCCGUCCGUGACAUGAUGGCCAACUUCCACUUCAACGACCUGGAGGUGCCUCGGGAGGACAAUCCUGAGGGCGAGGGAGACUGGGACUGAGCUGUCCAGACGCUGUGCCCAGAGCUGUGCAAUUAUGUUCCUGAUUUCUUUCCUGGUUGGAAUUAACCAGUUCCCUGAGUAGAAAUGCUGCCCGUGACAUCUGCCCGUGUCUUGUUUUCCCUCCAGUGGGAGUGGGUUGUGCUUGGCUGUGAGUGAGCUUUCCUCAAGUGCCUCAGAGAUAGUCCCAGGAGCAGUGAGCCCACACCACACUCACCCUACUGUGUGCCUCACACACAGUGCAUAGAAGGGGCCGCCCCAGAUUCUUCAGUGUGAGGACCCUACAUGCUCCUUGCUAGAGGGCACAGAACCGUCCACACGUGUACACCCAUAUGUUUGCAGUGGUGGGGAUCAAGCCCAGGGCCUGGCACCUGA